AGGCCCGGGCACGCGCGUGCCCACGGUGGUCAUGGCCAGAGCCUGCACUACAUAGCGGGUUUUCCAAAAUGCGGGGUUUAACGGAAUCACAGUCGCUGUCUUCUAGGAGUAUCGGACACCCAGGUCAGUGGGGAGAGUGGUUUAAGAUCCCUGCGGACCCAAACUGAGCCAUGGUUCCCCCGGUCCCAAAGGGAGGGGCCGCACUCUCUGGGGCUUCCGGCAACCGGGGAGAGACCAGGAUUGAGGAUGUUUUCCCUUGGCCUGCUGGAUUAGGCUCUUUGUUUAAGGAAAUGAACGUAUCAGGCAUCUGCCUGUGGCCAUUCUUCCUUCCCCCUACUCCCCAGGCCGGGCUUAGAGCCUCCUCCUGCCCAGUCACAGUUGGAUUUUAGUGUGAGAUAGGAGGGGGUCCUGCCCAGUGGACCCUCACAAGGCUGCGGAGUCUCUGGACUGAGAGUGGCUCGUAGGGAACCCGCGUGUAGCCGGGGCCCCCAGCAGACACCCGGUCUGUGCUCGCGGGCGCUUUCACGGCCCUGCCAACAGUUGGCUUCUCGUUAGUGGACUUCUAUAGCAGUUUGUGUCGGUGGCCCUGGUCAGGGUAGAGAUUAUGUGUAAAUGAUUUCCCGCUGGCAUUCUGUUGAGGAUUACAGUGCAAGAGGGCGGUCCCUGGCAGUUAGACAUUUUUCUUUAUUACUCUGCCCUUAGUUUCAGGACAGCGAGCAUUCCUCCUCUGUAGUAAUUUAAAGUGGUUCAGCCCCUUUCCUUGACUUGGACUCUUCGGUCUUCCCCACCCCCGUAAGGAUGGGGGUUGUCACCCCACCGGCUGAGGGCACCCGUUUGCUUCCCGGUCACUAGUGUUAGUCUCAUCUGUUUCCAUUUCCUUGAUCCUCUCCUCACCAUCCUCUCUCUUCUUUGCUCCCCACAGUGGGCUUGGGCGGCUAUCAGCAGGGGUUUGUGGCCUUUGGAUGCAGCCCCCACGGGCCCUGGUCCUUCAGAUCCGCCGUGCAGGGCCCAGCUCCCAGCCCCGGCUUUCGACAGGCUACGGGAAAUUACCGCUCUAAGAAGUCAGGCUGCGGGGAGUUACCGCUCCGAGAAAACAGCCUGCAGGAAAUUAAUGCCACCGCUCCAAGAAGUCAGGCAGAGGGAAGUUACUGUUCUGAGAAGUUAGGCUGCGGGGAGUUACCACUCAGAGAAAUCAGGCUGUGGGAAGCUACCUUUCUGUGACGUCUUCCAGCCAGGGUGCUUGAAGGGGACAGGACGUAAGUACAGAGCCAGCCCACGUGCCCGAGGACAGAGUCUCAGAUAAGCCGGCUAGACUUUGCUCCCAGUCCGGAGCAGGGAGGAAGCAGGAUUCGGCCCUUCCCCCGAGCGAUGUUCCGGACCCUCGCUCGAGGCCGGGCUCCGCGGGGGCUGCGCUCGGGGCAGAGGGUGCCGGGCGGCGGGGAGAGGCUUCCCCGGAGGCCACAGGCUCCCAGGGUCGGAGAAGCACGAGCCGAGCGCCGGGGCUGUCCCUCUGCGGGCAGAGAGGAGCUUCGGGGAGUGGCCCCCGACCUGCUCAUCAGAACCACAGACAGACGGGCCCUUUCUGAACCGUCAGAGAAGUAGAAGUUGGCAUCAUUUUGGCUGGCGACGGACUGUUUCUGCUGCAGCUCUUCCUCCUUUGGGAGAGCUCUUUAGGAGCGGCACUAUGACCGCCCCCUGCCUCCGGAUGGUCGCGGUGGCCUGGAGCCUGCACCUGGCCGUCCGGGUGGAAGGUUCGCCCGCCCCGGGCUGCCGCUGGGAUGGACGCCACUUCCUGGACUGCUCCGCGGCCGGGAUAGCAGCCCUUCCCCCGGCGAGCCCGCGCCCCACUGCCUCGCCGGAUCCCAGCUCACGGUCCACCGGCGCUGUCCCCUGGCCGGACGGCAGGGCCGGCUGGGGCCUCUGGCGCCUCCGGCACCUGAACCUCAGCAAUAAUCUGCUGGCCGAGCUCACCCUGAGCACCUUGUCCCGCUCGCCCUUGCUGGAGACGUUAGACCUCAGCGCCAAUCGGCUGCGCUCCGUCUCGGUGGGCUGGCGGAGGCACACCCCGUGGGCCGGCCCGCUCCCGGCUCUGAAGCAGCUGUCCAUCCACGGGAACAGGCUGAGUGCCAUCCCGGGAGAAUUGUGGAGACUGCGCUUGCUGCGGCACCUGGACCUGUCCUUCAACAGCAUCGCCCGUGUCGGCCCCAGGGACUUUCGCAACUGUGUCCGCCUAGAGAGCCUGAACUUGCAGAGUAACAGACUGACCGCCAUUCACCACGAGGCCUUCAAGGAGCUCAGCAACUUGCAGAGGGUGGAUCUGGCCCACAACGCCCUGACCUCCAUCCUGCCACCGCUGCUGUUGGGCUUGCGCUUGCCCCAUCUGGACUUGGACAUCUCCGGCAACCCGUGGCUCUGUGACUGCAACCUCACCGUCCUGCAGAGCUUCCUGUCCGCGUCCUGGAGGGACACGUGGGGUGUCAUCUGCCGCCGUGGCUGCCAGAUGGCCGAGCCGGUCACCCGCGAGGAGGUCCUGGUCCCCGGCUGCGCAGAGAUAGUGCUGGACUGUGGCUUGGAUCCACCCCGGGGCGCUGACGGACCCUUCUGGUGGACGCUCUACGGCCCCAUUUCCGGGGAUUCCCGCAUUCCUCACCUCCGCCUGAACGAGCAACGGCAGAUGGUACUGGAGGCAUCGGAGGCGGUCCGGCUGGGGCUCUACGCCUGCUUCUCCCCCGGCGGGGAGAAGAAACCCGUCGUCUAUGCCGUCUCCAGGAAGCCACCUCCAUCCCCAGGCUUGGUGAGGAACCCCCGGGGGAUCCCCGCCGCGCAGCGAGAACCCGGCCCCGCCCCCAACCUGCCCUUGGCGGUGGGCCUGGCGGUGCCCGUGACCUUCGUCUUGGCUUUCGGGCUGGGCGCCUUCACCAGGCCCUACCUGGACCGGCUGUGGCGGCGCCGGCGCCGGAGGGGCCGCUCGCCCGGCUCGGGGUCCAAGAUGGCUUUCUCCAAUCACGGCUUCAGCGGGGAUGCGGGCGGAUCCCCAGAGACCGCCACCCCUGCCUCCCGGCGCCACGUGAGCCCGGGGGUGGUUGGGGAUGGGGAAGAGUGUGGGCCACCCUCUCCAUCCCCGCUUGGGUCCAACUCCCAGAGCACCCGUGCCGGGGACAGCUCCUUCUAUGAGAAUUCCUUGCAGGGGCCUGCUCCUGACCCGGCCCCGGCCCCGGUCGCCCUGCAGGGCGACGGGCCUUCCCCGGGCCCAGCAUCCUUCCCUUUCUACGAAGAGCCGGAAGGCCCUCGUGGGGAACAGCCUGACCCUCCCGGCGGGCCCUCCGACGUCACUCUGCAGAGCCACAGUUCUGACAGGCCCGGGACCGCCACCCCCUCCGACUCUGACUCCGGAUCCUUAUUCACGCUCAGCUCGGCAGGCUCCGAAGGAGAAUGGAGCAACACAGAGGAUGCGGAGGCCGGCGAGGAGGGGGUCAGAGAGCCCAGCCCUCCCCUCACUCCACAGACCCGAGAGGCACAGGGUGGGGAAGGCUGGGAACGGGCCACGGCCAUGGAAGCCGGUCUGCCACCAGGCUCCCGGGGACAGAUGGAACCACCCCCGGCGCAGGCCGGCAGCACCCCCGGGGAUGAAGCAUCUGGCCUGUGGACUCUGGGCCAGCCCCAAGAGGGUAGCCCGGCACCCUCGGGACAGGCCCUGGCUAUUCCUCUGGAAACAAGAGACCCCGUCUGGGAUUGGAGCCCCCCGGGCCGCAGCCCAGGCUGGCCAACGUCCGUCCUAACGCCCGCCUCCGAGGAAACUCCGGGGACCUCCGCACACUACGCUAGGGUCCCCCUCCUUGCCUUGAGCCCUCCUUGGCCCCCGACACCAGUCGCAGGAAGUUCGGGGCUCCAGGAAACCGGUCCCCGCUCUUUCCGCCAGCGUCGCUACGGUCGGCCGGCAGGGCGGGGCCGGGCAGGCUCUGCCUCGGCGGGAUCCAGAUCUCACCGCUCUCCGUUCAACGGCGUGGCACCCCCCACCUCUUCCAGACAGCGCAGCCGGGACCGGCCCUCUUUGGCCCGAGGGCCCCGCUGGCGGGGCGGCCACACCUUCACCACGCGGGCGGCCAAGGGAAGGCGCUGGACCCUGGUUCAGCUCGCCUGCCUCAUCUGACCGGUGCAGGGAGCAAGGCGCUGGGCCCUGGGCCCUAACGCGACGGCCGGCUUGGCCGUGGCAAAAAGGCGGAAGGAAAACUGUAAAUACCAAGAUCCACCGGCUCUGCUCCAAAAGCCAGGGACUGGCAGAACGGUCCCAGUCUUCCCUUUCAGGGAAACAACAGGGGACCCCUCCUAACCUCACCCCCAUGGGCACAUUACCCGUCGGCCGUGCCAACCUGCACUCUGGGAUGGCCCCCCGGUGCUUCUCCGACGUGGGAAGGUGGUUGGAUUUUUUCAUCAUCACUACUACGCUCCUGCCCCUCCCCACCAGCCCGGCUAAGGCCUGUUACACUCCUCCUCUCCCCCUCCCCGGUUCACAGCUCGACUUGAACCAGCCCCUUUUUAUGUAAUAGAAGACCUGCUUCAAGUAAAAACGACUCCUGAAAAGUGUAACGAGUGAGAGGUUUGUUUAAAGAGCAACCGCCGGGGCCAGGCCCGGACACCACCAGCUUCAGCAGCGGGUCCCGUCCCCACCCUGUCCCUAACUGGAACGGGGGCAGAGGACGACAGACUGCCCCGGGGCGAUGGCUCCAGGAACCCAGGGCCAUUUGCUGGCCCGCCCCGGGUCAGGACUUUGACCGGAGCAGAGAGGAAGGAGCGCCUGGAAGGAAGCACGAAGCCCCGGCCGCCGAAUUUGGACUUUCAUCCCAUCCCCGGAACUUCCAUCGGGUCCUAGAAACCGGCAGGGAUGGUAAUCGAUCGGCAGGGAAGACCACUGUCACUUCCCGGGCUUUUCCACUAAGCCCCACCCGACAUCUCGCUCCAGCCCCCGGGGGUCUGGGUGCGGGCGGCCAGCAGGGGCAAGGGCUUGGGGUCCACCCCUGGGCAGAGGUUUUCUGGACUGGCCAGAGCUAGGGGCAAUGAGGGAGGGCGGGGGCAGCCCUCUGCCUCCCUCCCUCACCCCUGGAAGAAGUGCCCUUUGUCACCCUCAUUAGGGGAUCUUUCCUGUUUGGUCCCAGAACUUCCAAUGGUCCCAAACAACGCCGCCAGCGUGCCCCUUCCUCCCAGAGGCCGGCGGAACCCUGGCCCUGAGCCUGGGUUGCACAACACCAGAAUCGCAGGGUCCUCUCGCUUCUCCACACCAGCAGGUGACGGAACUCAUCUAAUGGCCGACGGAAACCCUGCGUCACCCGCAGCCCCACACUCACCCGGCAGAAGAAACGAAACUGCUCCGCGCCGGAGAAGCCGCCCCCAGCCUUUGAGGAAACGGCCCCGGGUCUUCCCAAGGGCCGGGCCGCGCCGAGCGUAAGAAACAGAAAAACCACAUAGCCAUUUCUGAAACCAAACACAAAUACUGUUUAUUGGGUGGGACACCGCUCACACCUGAGCCCGUGACGGGUGGCCCCGGCCGGGACUUUCUAGUUACACCGUGAGUCACGAGACUCGCUCACCUAAUGGACAGGACACCAAUACUGAAGACACAGAAGCAUUCACAGUUAUCGGUUUGCGGCUGUCUGGAGGGCAGACGGUCACCGCCAGUAGAGAUUAUGUUGUGACAAAAACAAAAAAAAUCAACCCACAUUUUGGUCUCAUUUACAGACAACCAACAGCUCGGUUGGUGGAGGAACUUUAUACAUUUAUCAUACAACGUGGAAAGAAGAAAGGAUAAGGCUCACAGAGAGAGGUGGGGAGAAAGAGAGAGAGAGGUAUGUUAGCAGUUGUGGGGAUUUCAACCAGGGUGGAGCUAACUUUCGGGACCUUCAGCUUCCACAGCCCCGACCUGGCGACCGAAGGCUUCAGCGACUGAAGGUGGCAGCUCCACCCAGGUUGACUAAAAGCACUAAGACGAGCGGCUCGGCUCCCGGGCGGCACGCGGACGCCGCCGCCGGCCUCCCCUCCCCGUCGCCGGGGGUUUUGCGGGGAGCCGGGAGGAAGAGGAGGGGGUAGGGAGUCGGGGGCGCUUUGGAUGAAAACCCAGGGAAAAAGGCACACGAACUGACUUAGAGAAGACACCCGCCGGUGCCUCCGCCAUUCCUCGACCGCAGCGAGAACACGAGCCGGCCCGGCCCCGCCCACGGCACCGGCGCCUGCCAUCCGCUCCGAGCCCGCAGCCCUCACCCUCCUCACCCAUCCCUGCCCAUGCCACGGUUCUUGGCCUGGGGAGGGGGCGGCGAGGACCGCUCCGCGUACCCUAGCUCCAACUCAACACUUUGGGAGGCUUCUCCGGGGGCGGGCACUGCGAGAAAUCCCGCAGGCCUGAUUCUGGGAGCUGUGGCUUCGGUUUGGAAUGUCGAAUCUAAGCGGGAGGGCUUGCCCCCCGGGACCGUCCCCGCUACGAGAGCCACGCGCACGUAGACCCUGUUCACACAAGUGCCUCUGGACCCCUGGCAGAACCAGCCUGCCUCCUUGGCCGGAGGGGGACCGUCCCCCUCCAACAACGCGAGGCUGCAGGCGCCCACACAGAAGAUCCACAAUUUCUGUCUUUGGUGGUGGUUAGAAGAGGAAAACCAAACAAAGGCAAACAAAAAGUGAGUACUGUUAGCCAAGAGACUGGGCUACAACAGUCGGGUGGGGCGAACAAUCCCGCGCGCUGCCCACUCACUGUGCUUCCCCGAGUUCCCUAUCGGGCUGACUCAGCAACCGGCAAACGAGCACCCCUCCACCGAGCACCCCGGACCCAGGUGGGUGGCACCUCUUCGACCCCCGUCCACGCUGCUCCUUCCUUCCCCGCCGCCGGGGCUGGACACGCGAGCCGCGGGGCAUCCGAAGCACAGCAACGCGAAGACGCUGUCGUACCGGCCCUUCGGGGCGCCUCCCCCGGCCCCGCUGCUCUGCCGUGCCCUCCACCCCGGGCCGGGCCUCGCCUCCUGUUCUCCGAUGCGCGCCCCAGACUCGCGGCACCCCAGCCGCCAAGGCCGAACAACAGUCAGGCACCUAGAGUCACCGGGGCCUCGCUUCACCAGUCAACCGGUCCGUUUCGACAGAGGGUGAGACGCCCCCCCAGAGAGACACACACACUCACACACACAUCUGACUUAGCAGCUGAAGCAGAAGCAGCAGGCUAGACCCUCUCUGCAGACCAGAGGCAGACAGAUACGGGCCGGGGUGGGGCGGAGCAAGCCCCAGGCCCCGGCUCCCCAGGUAGGUCCGUCUUCGGCGGGAGCGUCGGCACUUCGCCCCGCGGCUGCGGUACCGACCCUGCAAGGCCCUCGGACCCUCCUUCCCGCCGAGCCGGACGCCCCAGCCGCUCCGGCUGCCUCCCGACGCUCCUGUUCGGGGAAUCCUAGAAGACGCUCGAUUCCUGAGCGAGACGUUAAGGGACGCUUGGCUUGUGCGGCGGAGGGAGGAGGUCCCGCCCCCGGCCCCGACGGCUCCGAGCUUCGAGUCUCGUGUCCGGAAGUGCUACGUUGGAGAGACCAAGCGAAGACGGAACUGGAUUCGGUUGAAAAAGGGGACUAGAAAUAUGCCACAGAAUCAUUUGUGCGUGACGUCUCUGCAGAAAUCAUCUCUAGGUGAAGCUUUUUUUUUUUCCUUUUUAUACACAUAUACAAAAUUGAAACGGCAAUAUACACAUAAUCACAGUGAGGACGUUGUAGUGUAAAUGCAAGACGCGAAGCCGUCUUCGGAGACCAACGCUAUACAGUAGAGCAAGCAGAGCCGGCCGGGUUGGCGCGCAUGCGCGCACACACUCAAACAUACACGCGCACAUACACGCACACUCACGCACACCCCCCGACCUCCCCGCCCAGGGGACGCGGGAAAAGCAGCAUGCGGCUCGGAACGAACGGCGAUCCGUGGCGGCGGCGGGAGCGACGGCCGGCCCCGGCGGAAGAUUCCUAUGUCAUCUGCUUCUCCUUGUGCCACUCCACAAACUCGUCCAGCAAAACGGGCCCUGCAGCGGGGGAAAGACACGCAGAGGAGGGUCGUCGGCAUCUCCCGAACUGCCCGGGGGCGGCGGCCGGAGAGCUGGUGCCCGGCGCCCGGACUCACACGCUCCGUCUUCGUCGUAGUUACUGAGGUCAAGGCUAAUUGUCCGGCUGAACUCCAGCACGUUGCACCACUGGUCCUUGUUGAUAACUUUGUAUUUCGAUUGCUGCUCGAGGAAAAGAGGCAGGAGUGACGAGGCCCCCUCCGCCCCAAGCCCCCGCCAACCCCGGCCUCGACGUGUUCCAGCCCAAGGUCGAGCGAGGUGAGGGCGCCCACUCUGGUCAGCGGCAGCCCCUUGGGGGCCGGGGCCACACUUGUGGGGGAGGGCCUCUCCGGGAACGCCGAGUCUCCCCGGCUUGAGACCCUGGAUUGGCCCGACAGUGGUGGUGGGGGUCUGCCCUUGGGGAGGGGCACGGGGUACCCUGGACGGGGCACAGAUGGGGCCAACCCGGGAGAUCGAAUAGGAGCGGAGGCAGGGGAAUGGAGGGCUCGGCUGGACCAGGCCAGCCGGGCCGGGCACGCGCCUAAGGGGUUCAAACAGCUGAGCCGUCCGGUACCUCGAGGAACUGGUGGAAGACGGGGAAGAGGGACCAGGUCUUUCCCAGCAACAGUCCCAGCAUGCACUUGGCCGUGUUGAUGUCCAGACUGCGCUGGUCUUUUUCCUAUUAAACAACCAAAAGUCACAAUGA